CAAGUUGUAAAACAAUAUGAUCAAGUUACUACAAACAUGUAGAAAGAUUUGUCCAUAUAGCAGUAUAAGAAGAAGUUUCUAUUCCUCUAGAUAUAAUGGACGACCCUACAGAGACCUUUUCUCGGAACGCAAAGAACCUUUCGGGAAGAUGCCAAAGGAAGGCACACAAGAUAUAUGGAAAAACUUGUCUCCAGCUACAUUGGAAAAUUAUUUGAACACGAGUUUGUCUUACCAGAAAAGUGAAGAAAGCAACAAGUUGGAUCUGGCAACUGAUGUUUUAUUGGACGAAAAUGGAAACCCUUUUGUGUUUGAAAGUGUACUAAAAGCUCAAGAGAGAAUCUCACCACAAGCCAUCUUUUCCACAGAGUCUUCUAUUUUAGGCGACCAAGAGUUCUUAGACUGUGCACUGGAGUUGGCAUACGGUUCUGAAAUAUAUCAAAGAGAACAUAUUGCAGCAGUUGAGACAGUUGGAGGCACUAGUGCUUUGCGUACGGCUUUUGAGUUUAUUAGUCGUUGUUUUAUAAGUUUGGAUGGUCAAAAACCUCGUGUCUAUGUGCCCAAUAUGACUUGGCCUAAUCAUAAAGAUAUUAUUAGGAGUGCUGGUCUGAAGAUGAGAGACUACAGAAGUUAUAGAAAGAAUUUACAAGGAGUUGACUUGAAGAGUUGUUUGUCGGAUCUCUUUCGGGCAACAAAAGGCUCCGUAGCACUGCUUCAAGCAAGUGGUCAGAAUCCCACUGGUAUGCAUAUGAAAGCGGCGUUUUACCUGUUGGUCAUUGAAUGCACUCAUUUAGGAACUGAUUUUUUGCCUGAACAGUGGCAAGAAUUGUCUCAAAUACUAAAAGAUAGGAAAUAUCUAUGUGUAGUGGAUAUGGCUCAUCAAGGUCUUGUCCAUGGCAAUAUAGAUACUGAUGCCUUAGGAUUGCGUCAGCUUAUCCAAGAUGGUCAUCAAGUGAUUGUAUGUCAGAGUCUAUCCAAAAGCUUUAGUCUCCAAGGCAAUGCUAUUGGUACGCUCUCAGUUGUUACUAGCAACCAACAAGAAAAGGAAAGUGUUUGGUCUCAUCUUCGUUCUUUGACCCAUUCGAUGUAUUGUCAUGUUCCUAAUUAUGGACGUUUGAUAGUAAAAACGAUUUUGUUGAAUGAAGAGUUGAGGAAUGAAUGGAUAGAGGAGUCACGAAAAUUAGUUGAAAGGAUUCAAGAAACUCGUCAAGCUCUUCAUGACAAGCUCGUUUCUCUUGAUACUCCUGUAGAUUGGUCAUUUCUGCUGCAGCAAAAGGGAAUGUUUCUAUUUACAGCAUUAGAAAUUGAACAAGUGGAACAACUUCGCAAAGGUUACGGUAUUUAUCUUCAGCCAGAUGGGCGUUUGAAUUUAGGAGCUUUAAGAAUGAGUCAAGUUGAGCGUGUAGCAACCAGUAUCCAGAAAGUGAUCCAUAUAAAGGAGACUCAAGUAAAGGAAAAGGAGGCUGAGGAAGAAUGAAUUUCUGUAUCUAAUAGAGGAAGAACAGAAACAUGAUAGGAUAUGACGUAGUUGAAAGUAUUUUGAACAAUAAGAAACUUUGGUUAAAAAAUGUUGGUUACUUGAAAACAGCGUUUGCAUUGGCUUACAGAAUAAUUAUUUUGGUUGAAACUGAUUUUGAGUUGCCCUUUCCAUUAUAAAAGAUUGAGAGCAGUU